AUGAUGGUCUCCACAACACCAGCGGUCUCGACGACGGACAACGGCACCAACAUCAACCCGUCGUCCAACAGCGACGCGGGCCUGUCCAUGACCGCCACGCUCCUCAUCGCAUUCAUCGCGGUGCUGUUCUGUGUCGGCGUCCUCAUCACGGGGCUGCUGAUUGCGCAGGGCUGCGGCGGUGCGCAGAGGGGCGGGAGUGCUCGAUUUGACACGUCACCACAUCUUGAGGCCGUCACCACUUCCAGCCGCCGAGGCAACAGCGAGAAAUACCGCGACGAACACCAGCUGGUGCAGGCGGAGAGCGGCGACGCGCAACACUCACAUGCACAUGCCAACCUCUCCCACGCUGCAGACCUGCCUGCAACCACAAUUGCGGUGAUGGGCAUGGAUACACCGCCGCCCUCCGACCGCAGCGAACACAACAGCACACGCGCAGCAGCAACAUCCACCGUGUCGCCCGUGCUGACGAACAACGCCACGUCGACAAGUGGUCUGAAUGGCCGUGCGCGUGGAGACCAGGAUGUGUCGACGCAGGCCAUGGCGGCGGCGGUGGCAUUGAGCACCCCAACCAACAGCAUCAUCUUCACUUCCUCGGAGCACAGCGAUGACGGCAACGUGCACCCCAUCCACAACGUGCACUCGCCGCACACAUAUGCAAGUGCCACUGCACACCAGCACGACCGCCUCCACCCUCACGAUGGGCAGCAGCGUCCGCAGCCAAAACGCCGCAGCACUUCGCUCUACCUCGCACCUGUCGACCGGCCACCACUCACACCCCGACCAGCAUCAACCCACAGGCGGCCACCACGUCGCUCCACACACAUCUACGAGGACGCCGACAUCUACUUGUCCAGCAACGACACGAGCGCGGAAGACGCCGUGCUGCCUCUUCGCGCCGCGGGCAACAAUGGUGGUGCUGAGACGAUUGCGCUCGCUGGGCGGCCAUCGCACACGUACCUCGUGCCACUCUCCCUCAGUAUGCAGCAGCAACAUCGACAACAGCAGCAACAACAGCGACAACACGAGUCUUGCUACGUUGCCCAUGGACGGGCACCAGGGUAUUUGCCGCCCGUGAGUGCAGAGGGAUAUGGGUCCAUGCGCCCAUCGCAGCGGCCGUUUGGACGGGGUCUGCCCCACCAGGACAACACGUACGACCUCGCAUCCAGCUCAUCCACAUCCACCACCACAACCGCCACAGACCUCAGCGAGGACGAUGAUGGGAGUGAGCAGUACUACACGCGCGGAUGUGUCAAUUACGAGGACGUGUCGCCAUCGUCCACGUACUCGUACAUCCCUCCGCUGCUCAGCGCCGAGGCGCCGUUGCCUGCAGGCAUUUCAAACAACAGCAGCACUGACGAGCAUAUUUACGACCUGGCAAACAUGGGUUGA